GGACCCGCUCCCGCCAUGCUGCUGCUGCUGCCGCUGCUUCGCGCCGGGGCCGGGGCCGGGGCCGGGGUCGGGUCGGGCCGCUCCGCCCCGCGCCUGCCCGCCGCGAUCGUGGCCAGGCUGGUGGGCGGCCGUGCCCGGCUGCGCUGCCUGCUGCGGGCGCCCGCCCGCCUGCCCCCCACGCUGCCCCGCGGCCCCCGGUGCCUGGCCCGGGCGGCGCUGCUGUGCGUGGGCGCGGGGCUGUGCGGGGCCGUGGGGCUGUGCGGGGCCGCACGCUGCCAGGGGCUGAGCCCCGUCCUCGCCCCAGCACCGCCCGAGCCUGACUUCGCCUGGGCCGAGUUCGGCCGCUUCCUGCGCCCGCAGCUGCUGGCCCUGGCAGCCGCCGUCCUGCUGGCCCUGGGCGCCGCCCUGCUCAACGUGCGCAUCCCGCUGCUGCUGGGGGAGCUGGUGGACGUGGUGGCGCGGCAGGCGAUGCGGCGCGCCGGCGACUACCUGCGAGAGGCCCGCCGGCCUGCCAUGCGCCUGCUCAGCCUCUACAGCCUGCAGGGGCUGCUCACCUUCGGCUACAUCGUGCUGCUGUCGCGGGUCGGGGAGCAGGUGGCCGGCAGCAUGCGGACGGCGCUCUUCUCCUCGCUGCUGCGGCAGGACGUGGCCUUCUUUGACGCCACUCGCACGGGGCAGCUGGUGACGCGACUCACGGCCGACGUGCAGGAGUUCAAGUCUUCCUUCAAGCUCGUUGUCUCGCAGGGCCUGCGCAGCGCCACCCAGAUCGUGGGCUGCUUCGCCUCCCUCUACCUGCUCUCUCCCAAGCUGACGGGGCUCCUGCUGGUGGUGAUGCCCAGCCUGGUGGGCGCCGGUGCCCUCGUCGGCUCCUUCCUGCGCGGCCUGUCCCGCCAGGCCCAGGAGCAGGUGGCCAAGGCCACGGGGGUGGCAGACGAGGUGCUGGGGAACGUCCGGACUGUGCGGGCUUUCGCCAUGGAGGACAGGCAGCUGGAGGUGUACUGCACCGAGGUGCAGCGGUCGGGCCAGCUGAACGAGCGGCUGGGCGUGGGCAUCGCCGUCUUCCAGGGCCUGUCCAACGUGGUGCUGAACUGUAUCGUGCUGGGCACCAUCUUUGCAGGCGGUGCCCUGCUGGCGGGGGAGGAGCUCUCGGCCGGGGACCUCAUGUCCUUCCUCGUGGCGUCGCAGACGGUGCAGAGGUCCAUGGCCAACAUCUCCGUCCUCUUUGGGCAGGUGGUGCGCGGCCUCAGUGCCGGUGCCCGCGUCUUUGAGUUCAUGACCCUGGAGCCGGCCGUGCCUCUGUGCGGGGGGGCCCGGAUCCCCAGCCACGCGCUGCGGGGCUGCAUCUGCUUCCAGGGCGUCUCCUUCAGCUACCCGACACGUCCCGGCUACCAGGUGCUGCGGGACCUCAGCCUCACGCUUCCGCCCGGCAAGACGGUGGCCAUCGUGGGACCCUCGGGCGGAGGGAAGUCGACGGUGGCAGCGCUGCUGGAGCGCUUCUACGAGCCCACGCAGGGGACGGUGACGCUGGACGGCUGUGAGCUCGGCAGCCUGGACCCCUCGUGGCUGCGGGGGCAGGUCAUCGGCUUCAUCAGCCAGGAACCCGUGCUCUUUGGAACAACUGUGAUGGAGAACAUCCGCUUUGGCAAACCCGGCGCCUCUGACGCUGAGGUCUACGCCGCGGCCCGGCGUGCCAACGCCGACGGCUUCAUCCGCAGCUUCCCCGAGGGCUAUGACACCAUCGUGGGCGAGCGGGGUGUGACACUGUCGGGGGGGCAGAAGCAGCGCAUAGCCAUUGCCCGGGCGCUCGUCAAGGACCCCGUUGUGCUGAUCCUGGACGAGGCCACAAGCGCGCUGGACGCUGAGUCAGAGCGGGUAGUGCAGGAGGCGCUGGACCGGGCCGCCGCUGGCCGCACCGUACUAGUCAUCGCCCACCGCCUCAGCACUGUGCAGGGCGCCGACCUCAUUGUGGUGCUAGACGGCGGGCGCGUCGCUGAGACGGGAACGCAUGCAGAGCUGCUGCGCCGGGGCGGCCUCUACGCUGAGCUGAUCCGCAGGCAGGCGCAGGAGCAGCCUGAGCCACGCUGACCAUCGCCUGGGCGGGAGCGGAGCCGGUGCAGGGAGGACCCAGGCCCGGCUGGUGCAAUGCCCUUUACCUCUACCUCUGCCCUGGGGGCCUGGUGCUGGCCUGGAUCCUGUGUGGGGGGCGCAGCAGGGCUGCCUGCCCUCUCCCCACCCUGCUGGAGGUUUCUUCAAUAAAGUCUGGCCGGGAGCAGGCA